AUGAGCACUCCACUGGAUCUCAGGUCCCUAAGAAACACUCUGGAUUCUGUUUAUACGAAAGGGAAUGGUCACAAGAUCAUCAUAGGAAUUGACUAUGGUACAACCUUUUCAGGUGUCAGUUACGUGACUUCGGAUAAAACUGGUUUAGAGGACAUCACUAUCAUGUCUCCAUGGCCUGGAGACCCUCAUGUGUCUUGGAAAACUCCUACGAGAAUUGCGUAUAGUCGGGAAAAUCCAACACUGAAGAAUAACAAGUGGGGAUUUGAGGUCAACCCAAAGCUGAAAUCUUACUCGUGGACUAAACUUCUACUCGACAACAAUGCUGCUGCGAUGGAGCAUGAUGAUCCAUCACUUGUGGAUAUGACAGGUUCUGGUAUGCUGCAAGUACCUCCAUUUCGUGAUGCUGCGGGCGUCUGCGAAGAUUUUCUGCACGAAGUAUACACACAUGUAUCAGGUAAGUUGCGACAACAAAUGACUGACCUGACCUUCGAAAACACACCAAUGCAAUGCUGGGUAACACUACCUGCUGUAUGGUCAGAAGAGGCGAAAGAUGCUACUUUGAAAGCUGCCAAGAAUGCCGGUUUUGGGAAGAGGCCAGGGGACGAAAUCUACACAAUUGCUGAGCCAGAAGCAGCAGCAAUUGCGACGUUGAAGGAAUACGCCAAAUCAGAUGCAAUGAAUCCCAUUUUGUGUAAUGAGAAUAUACUAAUAUGUGACUGUGGUGGGGGUACCAUCGACAUUACAACAUAUACAAUCAUCCAGGUGCAGCCAUACCUUACAUUUGACGAACUUUGUGUUGGUAUCGGUGGAAAAUGCGGGUCAACAUACAUCGAUCGAAAUCUCCAUUCUCUGCUGUCCGAACGGUUCGGAUCAGCAUUUGAUGAACUGCAGUUUAGUCAAAAGGGUCCAGGUAGCAGAUUUAUGGCGUCCUUCGAAAUGUUGAAACGGGACUUUGGACGUAAUGAUGAGAGAGAAGUAGGGGAGUUGGGCCCUCUUAAUCUCGAUAUUUUGGACUCUGAGUCUUAUGAUAGGGAGGACCGACUUGUGUUGCUCACAUACAAAGAUAUGCUAGCCCUCUUCGAUCCCGUCGUCAGGGAAAUUACAAACUUGGUAAAACAGCAAGUGAAGGCGGCAAAGGACAGCCAGAAUGCGAAAAUCAACGUAGGUUCCCAUUCUCACAAUGAACAGAAACAAAGAAGUCCUGCUGAAAUUCGCGACGCAUCAGCGGAUCAUUUUAGUCGGGGCCAAUCUGCUGUUGUCCGUGGAGCUGCCUUACGUGGAUUGAUGGAUAUUGCACCACGGGGUGAUGACAUAACCAAGGGCACCUCAAGAAUUACUGAUGUUUGCUGCGAGUACACACCUGGAACAGAUACGGUUUUGUAUAAUGCCUUGUAUGCAUGUGUGGCAGAACAGCCUCCCGAAUAUUAUUCUACUCCUAGGGUCGAGUUAGUUGGAACUACCGAAUUAACUCUAGGUAGGAAUUUUGAUUUCGGUAAAUAUGCUAAAAAGAAAUACAAUGCUAAACUCAAUCGCUGGGUGCAUCGCCUUGAAUCUGAAGAACAAAUAAUAUUCGGUAGCACGGGGGACAACCUCACAUUCAGAAGUCUUAUAGGUGGAAAGGAGAUAGGCAACUUAGUCAUGAAAUUCGAUCAUUGA